AUGGCACGCGUCCAGUUUGGGCAUGGCGUAAGAGGUGUUGACAAGCUGAAGUAUAGUGUCUGGAACAUACAGUAUAGUAUCUGGAACAUACAGUAUAGUAUCUGGAACAUACAGUAUAGUGUUAGGAACAUACAGUAUAGUGUUAGGAACAUACAGUAUAGUAUCUGGAACAUACAGUAUAGUAUCUGGAACAUACAGUAUAGUAUCUGGAACAUACAGUAUAGUAUCUGGAACAUACAGUAUAGUGUUAGGAACAUACAGUAUAGUAUCUGGAACAUACAGUAUAGUAUCUGGAACAUACAGUAUAGUAUCUGGAACAUACAGUAUAGUAUCUGGAACAUACAGUAUAGUAUCUGGAACAAACAGUAUAGUAUCUGGAACAUACAGUAUAGUGUUAGGAACAUACAGUAUAGUAUCUGGAACAUACAGUAUAGUAUCUGGAACAUACAGUAUAGUGUCUGGAACAUACAUUAUAGUAUCUGGAACAUACAUUAUAGUAUCUGGAACAUACAUUAUAGUAUCUGGAACAUACAGUAUAGUAUCUGGAACAUACAGUAUAGUAUCUGGAACAUACAGUAUAGUAUCUGGUAUAGUAUCUGGAACAUACAGUAUAGUAUCUGGAACAUACAGUAUAGUAUCUGGAACAUACAGUAUAGUAUCUGGAACAAACAGUAUAGUAUCUGGAACAUACAGUAUAGUGUUAGGAGCAUACAGUAUAGUAUCUGGAACAUACAGUAUAGUAUCUGGAACAUACAGUAUAGUAUCUGGAACAUACAGUAUAGUAUCUGGAACAAACAGUAUAGUAUCUGGAACAUACAGUAUAGUGUUAGGAGCAUACAGUAUAGUAUCUGGAACAUACAGUAUAGUGUUAGGAGCAUACAGUAUAGUAUCUGGAACAUACAGUAUAGUAUCUGGAACAUACAGUAUAGUAUCUGGAACAAACAGUAUAGUAUCUGGAACAAACAGUAUAGUAUCUGGAACAUACAGUAUAGUGUUAGGAACAUACAGUAUAGUAUCUGGAACAUACAGUAUAGUGUUAGGAGCAUACAGUAUAGUAUCUGGAACAUACAGUAUAGUAUCUGGAACAAACAGUAUAGUAUCUGGAACAUACAGUAUAGUGUUAGGAACAUACAGUAUAGUAUCUGGAACAUACAGUAUAGUAUCUGGAACAUACAGUAUAGUAUCUGGAACAUACAGUAUAGUAUCUGGAACAUACAGUAUAGUAUCUGGAACAUACAGUAUAGUAUCUGGAACAUACAGUAUAGUAUCUGGAACAUACAGUAUAGUAUCUGGAACAUACAGUAUAGUAUCUGGAACAUACAGGGAUUCCUACCAGAGGUUCCUACCAGGAGUUCCCACCAGGAGUUCCUACCAGGAGUUCCCACCAGGAGUUCCUACCAGGAGUUCCUACCAGGAGUUCCCACCAGGAGUUCCUACCAGGAGUUCCCACCAGGAGUUCCUACCAGGAGUUCCUACAAGGGGUUCCUUCCAGGAGUUCCUACCAGGAGUUCCUACAGAAAAGCCAAGGUGGAUCCAAGGAUUCCUACCAGAGGUUCCUACCAGGAGUUCCCACCAGGAGUUCCCACCAGGAGUUCCUACCAGUUCCUACCAGGAGUUCCCACCAGGAGUUCCUACCAGGGGUUCCCACCGGGAGUUCCUAACAGGGGUUCCUACCUGGGGUUCCUACCUGGAGUUCCUACCAGUGAUACCUACCUGGAGUUCCUACCAGUGAUUCCUACCUGGAGUUCCUACCAGGAAUUCCUACCAGGGAUUCCUACCUGGAGUUCCUACCAGUGA